AUGGACCUGCUGACGCAAACAGUGUUCCAAGUUAAUCUCCCUGUUGAAAUUGAAACAUUUCCUGAUGCUUCACUCAAUCCAGAAUCAUCUAACCUGGAAGUAAAACGACUUUUACUUCGUUCUCUGUUAGAUGCUCUCGAGCAUAACCGGAAGAAAGGCAAUAUCCAUCAGGCUGUAAAAAUACACACUUCUCUUCAAGCCCAUGAAUUAUCUUUUUAUGAAAGCUGUUCCUUUGAUACUGUUGAAAAGUUAAUCAGCGAGGCGAUCAGAGCAAAGGAAGACAAUAGAUUUAGUAGUGGUAUUAGAUAUUUAGAUAUUGGUUUGCAGCUACCAUCUAAUUGGAGACGAAAAACCAAAUUUCUUGAAUUGCGUGGGGAAUGUUAUUUAUCCAGGGGCGAUUUCCGAACCGCUGCAAUUAAUUUCAAUGAAGCCGUUUGCGUUUAUUCCAUUGAGACAGUAGAAAACCGUGAUGACCUGUGUGAAUAUUCAGAAGUGUUGAUUGGUUUAAUAAAAAGCGAGAUGCUGUGCCAGAAUGUAGCAGGUGCAUGGUUGAAAUGUCAAGAGGCGAUAAAACUGGUACUUGAUCAUGAACAUAGGGAAUCCAUACAUCUGCAAGCGAUAGAGUUGCUUUACCUUGGAGCAAAAUGCCUGGAUAUUUUGUCAGACAGUGCAGAAAGUAAAGAUGAUAAGCUUGCCCAAGCUUGCUGUUUGUGUCAACAAGCUCUGAUCUUGUGCCAGACAAGGCACGCCAUUGAGCAAGUGGAAGAACGUGGAAGCUCGAGACAAGAAGAAUUUUUAGCCUUGAACUGUGAAGUGCAACUGUUGUUGGCGGUCGUUUUUCAAAAGUUACAUGAAGAAGAAGAAGCUGAUAAAAUUUUCGAAUCUCUUUUUGCUAAUUCUAUGGUUGGAGACAAGACUGAAUUUCUAACAAAAUGUCUUCGCCGAUAUUCAUGCAUUGGUCGAGUGUUACUUAUCCGUGAUGAUAUAAAGUCAUCUAUUCCUUGGCUGAGUAAGUCACUCUUGGCGUUUUUCUCGGUUGCUCUUCCCGAUAUGUUGUCAUUUUAUGAAGAAUUUCUUCCUUUGCUGCAGGCAAUCACUGUUACCAAAUCUAGUGGUACUAGUCACGAAAGUCGCUCUCCGUUUCAACAGGCUGUUGAUAUGUGCAAAGAAGUGUCGGUAAAGCGUGGCAAUGAUUUAAACAACAUCUACGAGUUUUUAAAAACUUUGGCAAAUCUCUACAUGGGCCUCGGGCGCACUGAAGAAGCAAUUGUUGUAGCAGAAACUGGUUUUGAAAUAUGCGAUUUGAUGGGGGGUAACAAUGUCACUGAUCGAAUAAACAAUCGCUCCAGAAUGUUACUUUGUCUGGCCCAAAUGCACCAACUAAAUUCAAUUAACUCGGCCUUUGAUAGAAAUACGGAGCUAAAACUUGCAGAACAGUAUUAUCGUACCGAUCAAGGCUCAACAGCGGAACUUGUACUUCAAAAGAAUCUAAGCUACGCCAACUUUUUAUGUGAGCAAAAGCGUUUCGAGGAGGCUGAUGCUGUGCUUCAGGAUAUGAACAAUUUAGGCAAAGAAUUGUCGGAUAAGUCUGUCUAUUGUGCCUAUUUUUCACGUGUCUUUUAUGGUCCGGGCAUACAGAAAAGCGUCGAAGUUGACGGCGAGCUAUUGUCAACUGUUGAACAUUGUAUGUACAGCACAAUGGUCCGAGUGUUUGUUGGAUUGGGAAAGAAAAGAGAAGCAGUCUCUGCGUGCGAGAAGCUGACAGCCAACCCAGUAGUUGUUCAUGAUGCAAUUCACGGGGAACGUCCUUCCAGUAUCCCAUACAUGAUAGAGGCCUGCCAUCGCGAGUUGUUGUCGCUUUUGAGCUACGAAGACCAAAAACAACUUCACAAUUGUGAAUUUCCGUUAUCUCCAGCAAAUAUAUUCAAAUUGUAUUACAUGCUUAACGAAUACUCCUUGGCAUUAAAAUACUACACAAACGAGACGCAAUCACCCGAUUUGGUCGAAAUGAGGAUGUCAUGCUUGCACUUAGCUGGAAACGAGUUAGUGAAAAUGGGUAGAGGAAAUGAAUCAGAUUCAUAUUUCACGCAGUUUUUUGCAAUACUUCAAACUAAAAACGGAUUUCUGGACAAGCCCUUUAAUGCCCAAUGCACAAUCCUCGAACGAUAUUCUUUUGCAAAUCAAUAUUAUAUUUUCCGCUCGUUGGGGGAUAUAAUGGCACGCGAAAGAAGGAAUCUUGAUAGUGUAAUUAAGUGUUAUGAACGAUGCCUUGAACUGGAUGAAAAUUUUACCAUUGACCAAAACCUUGUGGCAAUCCUGGCUGAACUCUAUCAAUCAAAAGCGUUAACAGGUGAUAUAGAAAACCGAGAUUCUUGCAAACGACAGAAGAACCGUGCUCUUAAUUUGUUCAAAAAGCUGCUUCAAAAGACUGCUGAAUUGACACCAUUUGUAGAAUUCUUGUUUGGGUCAUUUUUGUUGAAAUUGGAACGUUAUCAUGAAGCUGUUGAACGUUUUGAAAAUGUUAUUAAAAGAGAGGAUGACUCAUGUAUGUCCAGUACGGGCGUAGACAAGCCGUUUUUCGACGUUUACCUUCGUCGUGAAGUUAAAGCUAGUGGCAGGAUUAGCAUUUCAGUGAAGGUCCACGCUUUCUACGAGUUAAUUUUAACGUAUAUGACAUUGCAUGAAGUGGGAAAAGCCCAAGAAAUUGCGCUUCGAUUGGAGAAUUAUGUUGAACGUUUUCAGUGCACUUCAUAUUAUUCUGCGGCUCUAUCUAUUGUAGGAUAUGCUUACAGACUAAUUGGAAACAAAGGAAAAGCCUCGGAGAUAUUUGCUUCGGUAUUGGAGAUCAUGCCAAGACAUUUAUGCAGAACAAUGGUCAGAUUGUUUGUUGAAAUGGGAAAGAAAAGAGAAGCAGUCGCUGCGUACGAGAAACUGACAGCCAACCCAGUAGUUGUUCAUGAUGCAAUUCACGGGAAACGUCCUUCUAUUACCCCAUACCUUAUCGAAGCCUGUCAUCGCGAGUUGUUGUCUCUUUUGAGUGACGAAGACCAAAAACAACUUCAGAAUUGUGAUUUUCCGUUGUCUCCAGCAAAUAUUUUCAAAUUGUAUUACAUGCUUAACGAAUACACCUUGGCCCUGAAAUACUACACGAACGAGACGCAAUCACCCGAGAUGAUCGAAAUGUGUAGGACAAUGUUCCGAGUGUUUGUUGAAAUGGGAAAGAAAAGAGAAGCAGUAGCUGUGUGCGAGAAGCUGGCAGCUAACCCAGUAGUUGUUCAAGAUGCAGUUCACGGGAAACGUCCUUCCAGUAUCCCAUACCCUAUCGAGGCCUGUCAUCACGAGUUGUUGUCGCUUUUGAGUGAUGAAGACCAAAAGCAAUUUCAGAAUUGUGAAUUUCCGUUAUCUCCAGCAAAUAUUUUCAAAUUGUAUUACAUGCUUAACGGAUACUCCUUUGCACUAAAAUACUACACGAACGAGAAGCAAUCACCCGACUUGAUCGAAAUGAAGAUGUCAUGCUUGCGCUUAGCUGGAAAUGAGUUAGUGAAAAUGGAUAGAGGAAAAGAAUCACAUUUACACUUCAAGCAAUUUCUUGCAAUGCUUCAAACUAAAGAGGGAUUUCUGGACAAGCCCUUUCCUGCUCAAUGCGUAAUCCUUGCACGAUAUUCUUUUGCAAAUCAAUAUUAUAUUUUCCGCUCGUUGGGAUGGAUAAUGGCAUGUGAAAGAGGGAAUCUUGGUGGUGCAAUUCAGUGUUAUGAACUAUGCCUUAAACUGGAUGAAGAUUUUACGCUUGACCAAAACCUUGUGGCAGUCCUGGCUGAACUUUAUCAAUGCAAACGACAGGUGAAACUUGCUUUUAAUUUGUACCAGAAUCUGUUCCAAAAGACUGCCGAAUUAUCAAUAUUUGUAGAAUGCUCGUUUGGGUCACUUUUGUUGAAAUUGGAACGUUAUCAUGAAGCUGUUAAACAUUUUGAAAAUGUUAUUAAAAGAGAGGAUGACUCAUGUAUGUUCAGUACGGGCGUAGACAAGCCGUUGUUCGAUGUUUAUCUUCGUCGUGAAAUUGAAGCUAGUGGCAGGAUUAGCAUUUCAGUGAAGGCCCGCGCUUUCUACGAGUUAAUUUUAACGUAUAUGAAGUUGAAUGAAGUGGAAAAAGCCCAAGAAGUUGCGUUUCGAUUGUAGAAUUAUGUUGAACGUUUUCAACACACCCCAAAGACUUCUCUGGCUCUGUCUGAAAACUAGUCGGAACAAAUUAAACUAAUUGGAAACAAACAACAAACUAAUUGGAAACAAAGAAAAAGCCGCGGAGAUAUUUGUUUCGGUAGUAGAUAUUAUCCCUGGAUAUUUACCAAUCCGGCACAGAAGCAUUGGGAAGCCUCUGUGUGUGAGGCUGGACAGGAUGUGAAUAACGUAAUUGUGAAUAACAUAAAUCUUACUACCUUGCGACUAGGGCUGCUCCCAAUUAAUCGAUUGAUCGAUUAAUCUAAUCGAUGAUGUUUUCCGCAAUCGAUUAUACUUAGAGGAGAAUCUUUUGUAUGUAACGUAACACGCGCUCAAACUAACGAACAUACUUUUCUACUUGGUUAUGAC